AGACAGCCGCGGCAGGACGACCAGUCAGACGACUAGCACUAGACCUUCGCCAUCAGCGACAUGGAGUGCGACAUCUGCUUUGAGGAGUUCAAUCAGGAGAGGCGCGUCCCCAAGAUCGUGCCGUGCGGACACACCGUGUGCCUGCAGUGCCUCCAGGGGAGCGAGAGGGGAAGGUGCCUCAUAUGCCGGACGCCCGUUCUCGCCCUCAGGCCUACAGUGCUUCCCCUGAGUCGCUUCCCAACAAUUUUAAGCUGAUACAGUGCCAAGGCGACGCGAGGCUCUCCCGCCCGUGGUGCAUGAGCUGCACCACCAAAGCCGGGCCUCGGUGCUGGGACGACGAGAGGGACGAGCACGAGGUCAUCAACAUCAAGGCCGCGAUGAAGCGGAGUCUGCCGGCGGGCGAGCUGGAGCAGGCGGCCGGGCAGCUCCAGAGCGUUCAGCGCCAGUUGCAGGACAAGGAGACCCAGCACGCCCUCACACUGCUGGCCAAAGAGUCCUGGAGCGUGACUCUGCGGGGCGGCGACCGCAUCCUGACGGGGACCCUCCGGAACACGAAGGACCCCGUGGACCCCCUCAACAAGGCCCUGUGCCUCCUGUUGGCGGCGCGGACCGCACUCACCGAGGCAGACGGCCCGAAGGACGGGAAAGAGGCUGGCAGCAAGACGCAGCAACACAUACCGACGCAGCAAUACAUACCGACGCAACAACACCUACCGUAUGAGCAGGUUAUCAUGCCUCAAAGACGGAGAGCCCCACUUCUCCGAAUGCGGACGGAAAUGUAAUUGAUGUAAUUCUUACUUAUGCCGUGUCACCGUCUGCUAUAAGAGUAGACUUCAGGAGGGAAGACGUCAUGAGAUACGGCGGGGACAGCAGGAGAGACGACAGGAGAUUCGACAAGUGGGGAAACGAUACAUGUUGCGCCUCGGGAGACCUCUGUAAUUGACAGUAUGUGCCCCGGGGUUGGGGCACUUUACUGUCAUCAUAUUCACCAUAUGUCUUUAUCGGCAUAUAACUCAAACGAUACUUCGAUUUUCGGAAUAUUCAGAAUGGAAUCUUGGGAAGGAAAUUCCAAUAGAAGCAUACCGCCCCUAUAAAUCAAAAUUAUACUCAAACCGUCCUUACUACAACAUAUCAUAAAAUAAGUGCAAUUUCCUGUUCCAAUGUGGGGGCAUUACUGUCAAAAAAAAAUAAGCUCGCGCUAACGUGGAAGCAGAUGAUACGGCCUUAUCUUUUGAUGAAUUUACGUUUCAGUUUUUAACGUGUCAAAAAUACCUGUAGGAAUUUACGGAAAGCGUUUUACAAAUUUAGAAACAUUGUGAUUUAAAUAUAUUGUACAACUACAAUUAAACAUUUUAAAAUUAACAUACGUUACAUAUUGUACCUUAAAUUAAAUAACAAGCAUCAUUUAAAGGAA